UUAAGUUACAUAAGGUAUAAUUUAGAAUAAUAACGAUUCCAACAAACAUACGAAACCUGGAAAGGAUAUAGUUUAGCUACUGUAAAAUUCCAGUCACUUGUUGUAGGAAGAUCACAAUGUAUAGUAGGGUCACAGUGUAAAGAAAUCAAAAUGGGUGAACAAAGUUACGCUAUAAAACAAACUGCUGGAGUAAUGCCAAAAAAAUACCAAUGUUUUGGUGUCAGGCACCUCCAGUUAGCAUGCAUGUGCCUUACUACGAUCUCUCUGUUCAUCGCUCGAGGGAGCAUGGGCGUUGCUGUUCUGGCCAUGGCAGGUGAAGGACGAAAAAAUGAUACUCAAGCGGCAGUUGCUGUAUAUGAUUGGGAUAAGAACACCCAAAGUUUGAUCCUUUCCUCAUUCUUUUGGGGCUACGUCACGAUGCAAAUUCCUGCAGGACUGCUCGCCAAUAAAUUUGGCGGAAAAAUCAUCCUUCUAGCAGCACUCAUUGUCAACGGUGUUUUGUGUAUAGCGUUGCCUACUUUAGCUGCAUUGGGAGGUUGGCCAUUAGUGUGUAUGGCACGAGUAGCAAUGGGCCUGUCUCAAGCCUGUCUUUUUCCUGCUUCUCAGUCCCUUUUUGGGCAAUGGCUCCCACCCAAUGAAAUAACCAGCUAUUCUGGCAUCGUUUCAGGAGGAGUCCAAAUAGGGACAAUAAUCGCCAUGCCCGUAUCGGGGCUGCUCGCCGAGACGGCUCUUGGCUGGAAGCUGAUCUUCUACACCAUGUCUGGUCUGCUGUUCGUCAACGCCGCCAUCUGGUACUGGUUCUCCGCUAGUACCCCAGGCGAACACCGGAUGAUCAGCAAAGAAGAACGGCAGUACAUUGAAAAUGGGCUUCAAAUUAAGGGUGGUCAGAGAAAAAUGGCAACUCCGUGGAAGCAGAUCUUCAGAUGCGUACCAAUUUGGGCGAUCCUGGCAACACACAUCUCGUCAGCCAUCAGCUUUGUGCUAUUCUUCGUGGAUAUGCCGACUUAUUUGGAGAAGGGACUGAAGAUAUCCUUGAAAAAUAGUGCGUCGUUAUCAGCUCUUCCAUACAUUGGGAUGUGGAUCGGAAAUACAUGUGCGACGGUUGCUGCAGAAAAACUUACUAAUAAGAAAAUCAUAUCAGUUGGCACUUGCAGAAAGAUUUUCAAUUCUCUUGGUAUGUUUGGAAUAUCCGGAGGUCUAGUGUUCUUGUCCCUACUCGGGCCAGAAAAUAAAGGAGGAGCCAUCGUAGCACUAGUGGCCACCCUUACUAUGAGUGGCUUUUGCAACGCUGGAUAUGGUGUGAACUACCUAGACAUGGCGCCCAAUUUUGCCGGCCUAUUGUUCUCUCUUACGAACUGCGUAGCUAAUUUUGGGAGCGUACUGAUUCCGAUCGUAACUAGUCUUAUUCUUCGAAAUGAUUCGUCAGACCUGAGUCGAUGGCGCGUGGUGUUCCUGAUGGUGGCAGCACUGGCUGCCAGUACCAACAUCAUCUACGUCAUCUUCAGCAGCUCGGAGCGACAGCCGUGGAACGACCCAGACUACUUUGAUAAGCAGGCUGACCCUGAAGAAAUGAAGCCGGUACUAACAGAGCAGCAGAGCAAGAACAAAGAAAAAGAAAAUGAAGCCUACAGACACUAAUAGCGACUUAUUCUAAUAGUCUGCACCCGUGACCUUAACUGUACAAAGGAAAUUAAUUUAAGUUUUAUAUUAAUUUUAUUAAACUGUGAUCUUCUCUUGC